AUGAACAACCAAUUUGCAAAUGCGUCCUUAAAAAAAACAAUAUAUACAUCAAAUAUGAUAAACAAGGAUCAAAAUCAGAACAUCAGCCAACAAAACGUGAGACACCCAAAUGUGAACAAUCCAAAUAUGAACAAUCCAAAUGUAAAUAAUCCAAAUGUAAAUAAUCCAAAUGUGAAUUACCCAAAUGUAAAUAAUCCAAAUGUGAAUUACCCAAAUGUAAAUAAUCCAAAUGUAAAUAAUCCAAAUGUGAAUUACCCAAAUGUGAACAAUCCAAAUAUGAAUUACCCAAAUGUGAACAAUCCAAAUAUGAACAAUCCAAAUGUAAAUAAUCCAAAUGUGAAUUACCCAAAUGUAAAUAAUCCAAAUGUAAAUAAUCCAAAUGUGAAUUACCCAAAUGUGAACAAUCCAAAUAUGAAUUACCCAAAUGUGAACAAUCCAAAUAUGAACCAUCCAAAUAUGAACAAUCCAAAUGUGAAUUAUCAAAACAUGAAUUACCCAAAUAUGAAUUCUCAACAAUAUCCAUAUAUAAUGCCCCCACCACAACAACAAAUGGGUAUGUUUUUUAAUGAUUGGAGAAAUGUCUUAGCCCCCUUAAAAAGUUGUAGAAUAAAACAACAAUUUGAUGAUAGAGAGUUUUUAGCUGAUUAUAUCAUGAAUGUUAAAUUGGAUUUCAAUAAUAGAUAUUUAAUUUUAGAUGCAGGAAAUGAGCUUUUAAAAUUUACUGCCAUUGAAAAUUCUGAAUUUUUUAAUAGAAAUUGUUUUCCAAAAAUGUGUAUCCCAAUUAAUAUGAAAAUAUUAAGUUAUGGAAAAGAAUUAGUUAAACCGGAUGUUGUGAUUGAAAAAGAUUGUUCAUUUACAAUAUGCUGUUUAAAUAGACCAGUUAUUAAAAUGUAUGAUUUUUCAAAUAAUAAUAAUAAAAAAUUAAUUGGUACAAUAAAGCCUCCAUUUAGUUGUUGCUCUUUCAAAUUUGAUUUGUUCGAUGCAUCAAAUAAAAAAAUUAUUUAUAUGGAUGAUACAUGUUGCCAAAUGAGUGUUUUAUGUCCAUGCCCAUGUGGGCCAUGUAAAUUUAGCAACUAUUAUUUACGUGAUGCUAAAACACAUGAACGAAUAGCACAUUUACGAAAAGAAGUUCCUUUCUUAAAAUUUAUAAAACGAGAUAUUGAUAAUUACACUUUAAAUUUUGAGGAUGUUAAAAACCCAGAAUGGAAAAUGAUGCUCUUGGCAUUUUCGUUAUUUUUAGAUUAUAUAUAUUAUGAUACCAAAUAA